GGGGGUGGCAGCAGUGCCUCUAGGAGCUCGCCGGGUGCGCAGAUACGCCCAAGGAUGGCCGGCAGAGCGAUACUUUGGGGCUUCCUCUGGGGUCUCUGUGCGGUGGCCGUGAGCUGCUCGGAAAUUGAGGGUCGCCUGUGGGAGAAGAUCUCUCAGAAUUACUCAAACUCUGUCCUUCCAGUUCGCCACAUCGAUGACAAAGUGCCCGUACGGAUUGGCAUGUCUCUGUCACAGCUCAUCAGCCUGAACGAAAAGGAUGAAGAACUGACUACAAAGGUCUAUAUGUACCUGGAGUGGACAGACUACCGCCUCACCUGGGACCCUGCGGACUUCGAGGGCAUCACCUCCAUCAGGGCUUUCUCCGAGAAGUUGUGGCACCCAGACAUCGUCCUUAUGAACAACAAUGACGGCGUCUUUGACAUUGCUCUGGCAGUGACUGUCCUGGUGAACCAUGACGGGACGGUCCAGUGGCAACCGCCAGCUGUUUAUCGGAGUAGCUGCAGCAUCCAGGUGACCUACUUCCCGUUCGACUGGCAGAACUGCACGAUGGUCUUCAGCUCGAGAACGUACGACGCCUCAGAGGUCACCCUUCUGCACCCGCUCAGCAAGGACGGGAAGGAGCUGAGGGAAAUUGUUAUCUACGAAAACACGUUUAUCGACAACGGGCAGUGGGAGAUCCAGCACAAACCGUCCCGGAAGAACACCCACCCCAGAGACCCGCUCUACGAGGACAUCACCUUCUACCUCAUCAUCCGCCGCAAACCCCUCUUCUACUUCAUCAACGUCAUCAUCCCUUGCAUCUUGAUUACAAUCCUGGCCAUUUUUGUCUUCUAUCUGCCGCCGGACGCCGGUGAGAAAAUGACGCUCUCCAUCUUCGCCCUUCUCACCCUCACGGUCUUCCUGCUCCUGCUGGCUGACAAAGUGCCGGAGACAUCCUUGGCGGUGCCCAUCAUCGUGAAAUACCUGAUGUUCACCAUGAUCCUGGUCACGUUCUCCGUCAUCCUAAGCGUGGUGGACCUCAACCUGCACCAUCGCUCACCCAACACCCACGAAAUGCCCUUCUGGGUGAGGAAGAUUUUUAUCCACAAGCUCCCUCGGUAUUUGGGCCUGCGACGUCCAAAGCCAGAACCCAUCCUCAAACAGAACCCAAAACAGGAACUCAUUGUGAAAAGUAGCCGCCGUACGGAUGAAUAUUUCAUCCGUACCCCUGCCUAUGACUUCCCUAAACCCAACAGGUUUCACCUGGAGGGCUUCUCCACGGACAUGAAAAAAUUCAUCGAUGGCCCCAGUCAGUGUAUCGCCCUCCCUCCGGAGAUUAAAUCCGCCAUGGAUGCCAUCACGUACAUAGCGGAGCAACUGCAAGAGCAGGACGACAGCGACGCGCUAAAGGAGGACUGGGAAUACGUGGCCAUUGUAGUGGACCGCCUGUUCUUCUGGACCUUCAUCAUCUUCACCACGCUCGGCACUCUCACCAUCUUCUUGGACGCCAUGUACAACUUCCCCCCUGAACAGCCCUUCCCGUGAGCUCUUGACUGCCCUCUCCACACUGCAGGAAG